AGCACUAUCUAACAGGAGACAGUAUGGCCACCACCUUUUUCAAACUUACUGAUGCAAAUCCACCUCCUCAUCCUCUUGGCAGAGGAUUGAGCCUAUUGCCUAUUAUUCAGUUAUGGAGACCAAUGCGCCGCCCAUCAGUCCCCUAAUGAUGACCGUUUCUCUCAGAUCUCAGAUGUUGGAGCUGUUUCUACUGUGGUUGUGCCAGCUAUGGCCGAGUCCAGUUUGAAUUCUUUUCCAGGUUUUAGUCUGUUUGGAGAGUUUAUGUUUCAAGAGACGAGCCCACGCGCGUACGCAUCCAGAAGUGCCAAUGUGGGGAAAGGAUGAAUGUUGCUGCUGGGAUCUGCGGAUGUCAGCUUUGCGUGAAAAAAUUUGUGAAGAAAGGCAUUUAUGGAAAGGCUGAAGAUGCUGCAGAGUUGCAGGCUUAUGUUCUGGACUGGCUCGUCCUCCUGCAGAGCGCCAAGAUCCUCACAGUCUGUUUGAUUGGGGGCAGCCAUUACAUGCUCAUGGAUGAGGUCUCGCACUCUUUCCACCAAAGUGGCCACAGCGUACGGAUGCUGCUUCAGCUGGGCAAUCCGGUCAUUAAAGGACUUGAGUAUGCUGGACGCCCAAACAGCUAUGAAUUAACCACCUGGUCACCUGGUGAGAAUUACAUUGAAGAAUACAAUGGAUGGUUCUUUGUGCAGCAAAAAGAGUUUCUUCUUGGCAGGAGUAACUUUAGUGGCUUCUUGAACUUCAUGGGACACCUGGCCUACCACUGCGAUCUCAUUUUGAGUGACUCUGAGCUGAUGGACUUGCUGCGGAGGGAAUCUUUUGAUAUGGCCAUACUGGACGCCUUCAACCCCUGCUCCUUCCUGCUGGCCCACUUCCUGGGCCUGCGCUACGUGGCGUUCUAUCCCGGGUCCCUCAACGGACCCCUCUCCGUCGGCCUGCCCAGCCCCCUGUCCCACGUGCCGGUCUUCAACUCUGAGCUGUCUGACCGGAUGGGGCUUUUCGGCCGUCUCAAGAAUGUCGUGUUUUCCCUGGUAUCCCCCAUCGCGGAGCAGCUGAUCCAUCAGAGGUUCCAGCACGUGGCGGAGCGCCACUUCCUCUCGCCGCCGGCCAUGUCCGAGCUGUACAGCCGAGCGGAGCUGUGGGCCUUUAACACAGACUUCUCCCUGGAGUUCCCACAGCCACUGAUGCCCUACACCGUGUGUGUGGGGGGACUGCUGUCCAAACCCGCCAGGCCACUGUCUCAGGACCUGGAGGACUUCAUUGGUCAGUAUCCAGAGGAGGGGUUCAUAGUGGUCACCCUGGGCUCCAUGGUGUCCUCUGUCCCUCUGGAGGAGCUGCUGAGGGAGAUGAACGCAGGCUUCGCCCAAAUCCCCCAGGGCGUCGUCUGGAGGUACCACCCGCUGCGAUGGCCACCCCACAUUCAACCUGCACCCAAUGUAAAACUGGUGGACUGGCUGCCUCAGAACGACCUGCUAGGGCAUCCCAAGGUGCGUCUCCUGGUCACUCAUGGAGGUCAGAAUAGCCUCCUGCAGGCCGUGUACCACGCUGUUCCGGUGUUAGGCGUGCCUCUCUUCGGCGACCAGUUUGAUAACCUUGUGCGAGUGGAAGCCAAAGGCCUGGGGUUAGCGGUCAAACCCACAGAUAUCCAGAGAGAUGUCCUCAGUGGCACAGUGACCACACUCAUAACAGACCCAAGGUAUAAAGCCUCCGCUGAGUCUCUCAGUCGGAUCCACCGGUCACUCCCGCACCCCCCGGGCCAGCGGCUGGUGCUGUGGGUGGAGCACGUGAUGCAGAGUGGCGGUGGGUCUCACCUGUGGCCCUUCUCCCUCCAGCAGCCCUGGUACCAGCGCUGCCUGCUGGACGUGGCUCUCCUCGUUGCCCUGGUGACGCUCGGACUGGUGAACUUGGGAGUAGCGGCCUUUCAGAGCUACGAGGGGCGAAGCAAACUUAAACCGGACUGAUGUAGGACUGGUGCAUGUGCAGGGGUUUGUUUUGGAUAAUGCUGUGAAACCGACAUACAGAGACUUGGAUGGUUUGAUGGAUUGAAGUAAUGCUUUUAUAUUCUUUCAUAUAUUGCUGCAGUGGACCAGAUGAGUUAAUUAAAUGGAUGACACACUGAA